UUGUACAGAUGAAGAGCCUUAAUAUUAUUUUAGACUGAAAAGGCCUGCAAACAUGAAUCAUGGAAAAUCUGCGACCAAGGAUUCCAAGUUACCAAAAUGUCAAGUUUCAAAGCCAAAUUCUUGUUCGUUGCCUACAAACUCUAAGAGUAGCAUACCAAGAGCAAGUCAUUUUAAGCAUCAAGUAACUGAUUCUGCUUUUGGUAUUCAGAAAAAUCUGGGAUUAAUGAGCUCCUCUAGAAAGUUGAGAAAUAGCAAAGAGAAAGCAAAAGCUGAUGCUGCACCUUUAAAGGAUAAAUCUUCAUCAUGCAUUUUGAGAGGAAAUGAUGAGAAAUCACCAUCAAAAUUACAGACAUCAAUUGAAUCUUCUCCAGUUAAUAAUUCUAGCAAUAUUGGCGUGGAGAUGAAUUCAGAUGCCACACUUCCAUCUACCCGAGCACAUUCAUCUGAAAGUCAUGAUGUAUGUUUACCAUCUGUACUCCCUCUUCCUCACAGUACUCGUACUGCUGUUAGCAGUAUGCCAUACCUGCCCGCACAAGCCAUGAAACCAUCAGGUCUGCGGAGGCCCUCACCUUCCUUGGGAUUUUUUCGUCAGACAAAAGCUUCAGAUACACAUCGCUUGUUGAAAGUCGAGUCUAGUAUGUGCCCAUUGCAAAGGUCUGGUGAUCUGAGGCCACCAGAGACACUAGCAAGGCAAGAAGGCAAGGACGACUUAGCAAAUUUAAACUGUAAGGUACUAGGAUCUGAAUCGGAAAGCUCAACAUCAUCCUACAAAGUAAUUAAAACAGGCUUGGAAGGAAACAGUGUAGAAAGAGUGAAUAUUCCAAGUAGUGUUAUUAAGAAGCUUGAUAUAGUCAGUGAUAAUUUCAGAGAUCAUGUUGGUAAUUUUGAUGAGCAAGUAUUGGAUCACAUCAAGCACGAAGAAAAGAAGCCUCAGGAUACAGAAUUGCUGAUGAACGGCAAGCAACAUCCACCACAAAUGGGAAAACUUGAAUAUAUAAACAAAGAUGGUAAUCUCAUGAACUUCAUCCCUGGUUUUAUAGAAAAUAAAGGCUCUGCUGGAUCAGGUUUUAGAGAUUCUCAGUUUCCACAAGCUAGCUACAAUUCAGAAUCUCUAGUUCUACAUAGACUGGAAGAUGGCAAUCCAAAUGAAAGAGAAGAAUCUGCCAUUUCUUCAGUAAUUGAUGGUUUGAUUUGUAACUCGCAGUAUGGGAAUAUGAUUAAUUUAAGCGGGGAGGUGAUGAAGGAAGGUUUCAUGGGCGGCUGCAAUAAUUUAACUGGUGGAGAAUUUGAAAAGGUCAAGUCCUUUGCAGUUGAAGAUGACGGGAUCUUUGAUAAUGAUAAGUACAUUAUGAAGAUUAAGAGUAAUUUGAGCAAAGUCCAGAGAGAACUAAGGAAUAUUGGAUGUGGGAACUGUGAACCCUUGAAUCUCGCAGGUUCAAACUUUAGUGAAGUAAAGAUGGAACUGUCAGAAGUUGCAUAUCAGCAUUCUCAUAAUCUGAAAGAAGCUUUUACCAGCAAGCAGAUCACAGAUAGAGCACAAACAGGAGGUUUAGUAGCAGAUAUCUCAAGUGAAACUUUAUCUGGUGAAAAUUGCGAGACUAAUCCUGGUGGGCUUUCAAUUAACUCAGAACAUAAGUCCCAGGCUGGUAGCGUAUUGCAUUCAAGUGGUCAGUCCCUUAGUAAACAUGUUUGCAUAGAUCAAAACCAAGAUGGACAGAUUGAUGAAACUGGUUUAUCCGCUCUUCCAUAUCGAUCAGAUGAAAGUGGUUUUGAUAGGUUUGAUGUAACAAGUGCACAGACAGUGGUUGGAGAAGAUCCUGCGGAUAUCAUGUGUUCUAGCCCUGUCAAAAUUACUCUUCCAGGAAAUUGCAAUCAUUCAACAGAUAAAGAAUUCAAUCAUGAUAAGAUUCUUGCAAAUUCAACUACCUGUCGGGAAUUUGGUUCAUCGUCUAGUAGAACAAGAGAUAAAAUGGUAUCAGAUGUACCUGGUUCGAUUGGCGAAUGUAGGAAACCAAUUAUAGAGUCUGUAUUGGAAGUGGUGAAUGAAACUGAAAUACACAAUUCAUUGAACUGUCACAAUGAGGGCAAUUUAACUUCCUCUAUGGAAUUUGGUUCAUCUUCUGGGGGAACACAAAAUGUAAUUGGAUCUGGUAUACUUGGUCCAGUGGGUGAAGGUAACCAAUUGAUCAACAGUGUGCUCCUCUCCAAAGGAAUGGAUGAAUUUGAAAUUCAAGAUUCAUCAAACAAGCCUAAUGAUGGUAAUCAGACCAUCACAUUGAAGCUUGGUAUGCUGUCUCCGGAAAGCUUGAAAGUUGAAGAGUCACACAUGUGCAGCCAUGCAGACUUCAUCCCUUCCAGUCCAACAGAACUGGGGUGUCAUACAGUUGUAUUAGAGAGUCUUCAUACUCCUCCAAAACUCAGAGAUGCAAGACAAGCAAAUGAAGUUGGAAAGACAACAAAUGCCCUCACAAAUAUUAUACAGAUAGAAGAUGCACACGUGGAGACAUAUAACAAUGAUGCUCAGUUGUUGCCUAAAAAAGCCCCUAUCACUGUGGUGGAAGAAUGUGAAAGCAGCAAUUCCUUUGAGAAUUUUCGAGAAGCUUUUCCAUCACGAAAAAGUGUUGAUGCAGGUGGAUUAGAAACCCCAAGUUUUCUGAACCAGGAGUCACCUCUGAUUCAUGGGAGUGAUAAUGAUGCUGAUGAUCUGGAUGCUAUCCACUGUGUUGCGGGUAGACUAUCAUAUCCGGCGGCAAUUGAAUCUUUAUCUUUGGAAUCUGAUUUAUCUGAGGGGACAAGUAAAAACCAUACAGCAAGUGUGCCAACUGAUUGCAUAGAACUUGUUGCAGGGGAUCAGACCUCAUCAAGAAUCAGAAUGAAGGUAGAUGAAAUGUUGAAUGAAGAUAUUCUGGUGAAGGAAUCUGAAACUGGUAAACUUAGUGGAAGUGAGAGUUCUCAAAAUGAAAUUUGCCACGGGCUGGAAGAUACCGAGCAAUGCACAAAUGACGACACCAUUUUUCCAGUCAAAAAUGCUGAGAGCUGUCUGAAGAAAGGCAAUCUUUUGAUAUUACCACCACGGGAUGCAGUUCCUUUUUCUGAUGAAUGGUUGGCAGCAAUGGAAGCUGCAGGGGAGGAAAUAUUAACGAUGAAAGGUGGUGCUGUACAAAACUCACCCCAAGAGAAAUCCUUGCCUGAGCCAAGCCCAUGGUCUCCGGUGAAGAAGAAAAACAAUCAACUUGGACCUUAUGACUGUACAAAGUUCCACCACAAUGGGCCUCGCGAGUCCUGAUUCGUAUUGACUAAACUUGGUCUCUUUCAAAUUCUUUUAUUCACCACCUAACAUGUUCCUGGUGUAGACUAGAUUGACACUGCUUUGCUAGAAAAGCUGCUAACUGAUACAUUUCUCCAUAGACACACGAUUUAUCCUUUUUAUAUGUAAUUCUUUUACAUCCACUUUAAAGGAUUCCUUUUUGUUUCUUUCAUGUAAAGAGCAGUAUCUCAUUCAUGGAAACUUGUAUCUUUAUUCCAAACAGUAAGCAAAGCCUGGAAAUCUCUUGCGGAACUUAUGGUAUCCAUGCUUCUUGAAUUGUACUAGUAAGUAGAAUUUGCCAUUCACUGGGUGCAUCGGUUGAUUUUCA